AGAAUCUAGAUCAAGAAUGAUGUUCUAGGUUGAUUAUAAGUUUUCUAUGGUUCGAUCCCUCUUUCCGUCCCGAGCCGUGAAAAAGACAUCACGCGGCAGUUGAAAAACAGCGAGCGCUGAAAACGAAAACUUCGAUUUUUAGCAUUUACAAUCCGCUCGUAAGUAAGGGGACUGGGACAGCAGCGACCAAGAUAAAUUGAAGAUUUCAGACUCCAAACGAACAUGAUCAAUAACCGGAUUUUCGUCACUCGGCGGACAAUCGAUGUUGCUGCCGCUCUUCUUGGCUUCUCGCCGACGACCUAUGGUGGCUCAAUUGCUGGAUACCAUAGUGGAGGUGGUCGCGAUGGAGCUGGCGGGGGCCAGAGAUAUGGGUAUGGAGGUGGAGGCAGUUACAGUAGUCGUUUUGGUGGCAGAGGAGGAGGUGGAGGUGUCAGCAACCGUGUGGCUGGCAACAAUCUGAGGAAACCAAACUGGGACUAUGAGGACCUGAAACCAUUCAAAAAAGACUUCUAUGUUCCCCACUCUAACGUGUCCAGCCGACCGCCUCACGAGGUGGAAAUUUACAGAGGAGACAAGCAGAUCCUUCUCAAGGGCGACAGCGUUCCAAACCCCAUUCAGUAUUUCGAAGAGGGAAAUUUUCCUGACUAUGUAAUACAGAAAAUCAAAAAGCAGGGAUUUGCAGAACCAACGCCGAUUCAGGCUCAGGGCUGGCCCAUUGCCAUGUCGGGACAGAACAUGGUCGGCGUCGCUCAAACCGGUUCAGGAAAAACUCUAGGUUACAUACUCCCAGCCAUUGUUCAUAUCAACAAUCAGCAGCCUCUGAAUCGCGGCGAUGGACCUAUCGCUUUGAUCCUUGCACCGACCAGAGAACUCGCACAGCAAAUUCAGACAGUUGCGGCAGAAUAUGGCUCUCUUUCCUCUGUCAGAAGCACGUGCAUAUUUGGCGGAGCACCUAGGGGCGGCCAGGUUCGAGAUCUGGAGGGAGGGGUCGAGAUUUGCAUUGCCACUCCUGGUCGCCUGAUAGAUUUUCUUGAACAGGGAAUUACCAAUUUACAGAGAUGCACGUACUUGGUGUUAGACGAAGCUGACAGAAUGCUUGAUAUGGGAUUUGAACCUCAGAUCAGAAAAAUUAUUGAGCAGAUUAGACCUGACAGACAAGUACUUAUGUGGUCUGCAACUUGGCCAAAGGAAGUUCGCAACCUUGCUGAAGAGUAUUUAACUAACUACACACAGCUGAAUAUAGGCUCGCUCACUCUUUGUGCAAAUCACAACAUUCUUCAGAUUAUCGAUGUUUGCCAAGAGCAUGAAAAAGGAACCAAACUGGAAAGCCUGCUGCAAGAAAUCGGAAGCGUUAAUGAAGACGGCGGAAAGACGAUUAUAUUUGUUGCUACUAAAAAAAAGGCUGAAAGCAUCACAAGAAGGAUCCGACAGUACGGAUGGCCAGCAGUAUGCAUGCAUGGCGAUAAAUCGCAGAAUGAGCGUGAUAACAUUCUCAGAGAGUUUAGAAACAAGAAGGGUUCAAUCCUUGUAGCGACAGAUGUUGCUGCACGUGGCCUGGAUGUGGAUGAUGUAAGGUACGUGAUCAAUUUCGACUACCCGUCGUCGUCACAAGACUAUAUUCACAGAAUCGGUAGAACGGGCCGAUCGCAAAAUACAGGAACAAGCUACGCUUUCUUCACCCCACAGGAUGCCAGACAAGCCAAGGACUUGAUCAAUGUACUUCAAGAAGCUAAUCAGGUUAUCAAUCCCAAACUAAGCGAGAUGGCUUCGCAAAGUGGCGGUGGCGGCGACGGCGACGGCGACGGCGACGGCGGAUACGGAAGCAGGAAUCGUUGGGGAGGCGGACAUAGACGCGAGAAUGAUUAUUCUGGCGGUAAGAAGCGGUUCGUUAUGGGCCGCAGCUACGGUUAUAACAAUUACGAAUGAGUUCGUUUUUACUAGUUCCUAAUGGCGGUACAUGGUAUACAUAUUAUGAUUCGACAUGCCUGAAGGAUUACCUAUCUUGUUAAUUGAUGUAUACUUGACACUACGAUUGAGUGAACAAAUGGUAGAGUCCGGCAGGACAGUAACCAGAAUUUGCUACUUUAAAUAUCGGCCAUUCAUAUUUAUCUACCAAAUUCCCCUUAUUUAUAGGCCGAACUUGAGUUGGUGAUUUACGAACGGGAUCCUAUUUGAUUUAGACAAUUCUUAUUUAUGUUAUAUUGAUAAUGUUAGAUUUGAACCUUAUCGAUAGCCGCGUGAGGCAUACAUUUCAUAUUUCAGUAUUCAUUCCAUAUUAGUCUGGAAUUCGUAGGUAUGCAUUUUUUUUUUUUUUUUUUUUUCGUAAACUUUGGUAGAAUGAAACUAUGCAAGUUUGCAUGUAGCUAUGCUAUGAAACUUCUCGUACAUUAUCGAUGUAACAAGUCUAUACGAGGUUAACGAUCUGAGUC